GCUAGGGGAUUCUGAUUGGUUGCUCCGGAAGGGUUGUCCCGCGAUGCUCCGCCUCCCGUGUCGUUAUAGGUACUUGCGGCCCGGCGGGGUCUCACGAGAGAAGGUGCACCGCUACAGCUGACUGAGCGAGUGUGAGGUUGGACGUAUAAAGCUGCUGAGAGCAGAUUCGGUUGGGUCCUGAGAUUUGACUCCCAAGGCAAUGUUGCAGAAGACAGUGCUCUUCCUGGCCCUGGUGGCUCGGGUGCUGCUGCUGGAUAAUGGGCUCCUGCGGACGCCGCCCAUGGGCUGGCUCUCCUGGGAACGUUUCCGCUGCAACAUCAACUGUGAGGAGGACCCAAAGAACUGCAUCAGUGAACGGCUCUUCAUGGAGAUGGCUGACCGGCUGGCCCAGGAUGGGUGGCGGGAUCUUGGCUAUGUAUACCUCAACAUUGAUGACUGCUGGAUUGGUGGGCGUGACGCCCAAGGCCGCCUGAUGCCUGACUUCAAGCGCUUCCCUCACGGGAUUGCCUUUCUGGCUGACUAUGCUCAUUCCCUGGGUCUGAAGCUAGGCAUCUAUGAAGACUUAGGCAAAAUGACCUGCAUGGGUUACCCUGGCACAACACUAGACAAAGUGGAGAUGGACGCCGAAACCUUUGCCGAGUGGAAGGUGGACAUGCUGAAGCUAGAUGGCUGUUUCUCGUCUGCCAAAGAGCGCGCAAAGGGCUACCCCAUGAUGGCUGCUGCCCUGAAUGCCACAGGCCGUCCCAUCGCCUUUUCUUGCAGCUGGCCAGCCUACGAAGGGGGCCUACCCCCCAAGGUGAACUACACCCUGAUUGCCAGCAUCUGCAAUCUCUGGCGCAACUAUAACGAUAUCCAGGACUCCUGGAAGAGUGUGCUGUCCAUCCUGGACUGGGUUGUGGAGCACCAGGACAUACUGCAGCCAGUGUCAGGUCCCGGGCGCUGGAAUGACCCAGACAUGCUGCUCGUUGGGAACUUUGGCCUCAGCUUUGAUGAAUCCCGGGCCCAGAUGGCCCUGUGGACAAUACUGGCAGCCCCCCUCUUCAUGUCCACGGACCUGCGUACCAUCUCCCCCCAGAACAUAGACAUUCUUCAGAAUCCACUCAUGAUCAAAAUCAAUCAGGACCCCUUAGGCAUCCAGGGACGCAGGAUCUUCAAGAGUAAGUCUCAAAUUGAAGUGUUCAAGCGGCCUCUGUCUAACGAUGCCAGCGCCCUGGUCUUCUUCAGCCGCAGGGUAGACAUGCCAUACUUCUUCCAUUGCUCCCUCUUGCAGCUGAACUUCCCCAGAUACAGAGUGUAUGAGGGCCAGAACGUCUUCACCAGGGACGUCAUCAGCGGCCUCCACAGUGAAACCAACUUCACCGUGAUCAUCAAUCCUUCGGGGGUUGUGAUGUGGUACUUAUACCCCAUCAACAACCUGGAGCACACUCAUGUCCCAGUUGUGAGGCCCCAAGAAUGACAGGCUAUGGCAGCCCCAGUGAGCCUGGACCACGGAGCCUUGGCGUGUGGAGGACAUGGCAGCAGGGCUGUGUCCUCCCCGGGCCGCUUGGCGAUGUGACGCCAUCAUACCCAAAGUGCAUUUGCAGGGCCAGGUUCUGUGCCCUGCCGGAGCCCAGGGGGGCCCCUUGGAAACCUGGAAAGCUUGGGGCGGUUUCCUGUGGCCUUCAGGCUACAGCUCUGCAGAUACUGCUGAACAACUCAGCCAGCCUCCUGAGCCCACAGGCAGGGCACUGAUGCCCAUCGGACUCUAGCUGCUGACUUUGCUGACUCAGAAAUCAGGAUUUGGAAUUGCUCGAAUUGAGAAUGGAGAUCCCCGUGCCAGGAACUCUCAGGAAUCAUGUGAUUGGCCUCCCUGCUGGAGAAGGCCCUUUCCAAUGGUACCCUGGAGACCUUAGGUCACCAAUAAAGCUCUUUGAUUUUUACAAA